ACAGACAAAAUAAUCUCUUGGGCAAAGAGGGCUGAAUGGCCUGCUGUGGACAUUCCAGCAACUACAGGAACAGUCCUAUGAAUUUGAUUGAAAAGGUGUUCGGAGAUCCACAAGAUUCCUUAGACCCAUUUGGAGUUGUGCUACAGGACAGGGAAAGAAUGGAGACACAUCCUUCAGGAAGUGAAUUAACUGGAAAAGGCCCUCCUGCUGUUCAGCCUGGGAGCUGUGGGGAGUUCUGGGCAAGAACUGGGCAGGAGAUCCUGGAGGAGGAAAUCAUCCGUUCAGAAGGUCAGCCCUGGGACUUCAGGAGCAUCCGAUAUCAGGAGGGUGAGGGUCCCCGAGGACUUUGUAGCCGACUCCACUACUUUUGCAGUCGAUGGUUGAGACCGGACAAGCACACAAAAGCGCAGAUGCUGGACCUGGUUGUCCUGGAGCAGUUCCUGGCCCUCCUGCCCCUGCAGGUGGAGAGCUGGGUGCGGGAGUGCAGGGCAGAGACCAGCUCCCAGGCGGUGGCCCUGGUGGAAGGCUUCCUCCUGAGCCAGGCGGAGGAGCGGAAGGAGCAGGUCGAGUUGCAGCCCUUCGCUGUGGAGAUCAGAGAUGCUGAGGGAAGGAGGAAUCGAUCAAACCCCCCUCAGGAGCUGUUUUUCAGGAGUUUCUCUCAGGAAGAUCCAAAUCAGGACACCUCAGGAGGGAAGAAUAGAAUGAAGUUGACUCCUCCUUAUGGUGGAGCUGAAACAGUUGUUGAACCUCCAACUCAAGAGGGCCUUGUGUCCUUCGAGGAGGUGGCUGUGUGUUUCUCCGAGGAGGAGUGGUCUCAGCUGGAUCCUCACCAAAAAGCGCUGCAUUGGGAAGUCAUGCUGGAAAAUUGUAGGAACGUGGCCUCUCUGGGUAAUAUUGGGCAGGAGAAAAAGGAUUCCAGUGAACCAUCCCAAAUGAUCAGGCAGGGGGAUGGAACGGAAAAGCCUGCAAUUCAAAUGGAACAAGGAAGGCAUGAGAGAAACCACUCAGAUAAUUGGAAUAAGGAAAGCUCAACUUCCAUAAAUGUUCAGAUGCAAGACAUUCUUGCCCAUCAAGGAAAAAAAAAGAAAAAAUAUACUGGGAAAAGUGUAAGAUUACUCAAAGAAAAAUUAGAUGCAAAUGAACACUAUCCAACUCAAACCAAAGGGGAAGGUUAUAUAUCUAGAGACAAUGGAAAAAAAUACAAUUGGACCUUCCCUCUUUCUUGUGAAAAUGGGUCCUUUACAUCUCAUAAAAGGAUCCACAAAGGAGAGAAGCCAUAUAAAUGCACUGAGUGUGGAAAGACCUUUACUUAUAGCAGUCAUCUCACUUCCCAUAAAAGGCUCCAUACGGGGGAGAAGCCAUAUCAAUGUAUGGAGUGUGGAAAGACCUUUAUUCAGAGCAUUCAGCUUACUUCCCAUAACUGGAUCCACACAGGAGAAAAACCACAUAAAUGCAUGGAGUGUGGAAAGGUCUUCAGCCAACUCAGAAAUCUUACUUCCCAUAAAAGGAUCCAUACAGGGGAGAAACCAUAUAAAUGCAGAGAAUGUGGAAAGAGCUUCAGUCAUAGCAGUUCCCUUACUUACCAUAACAGGAUCCACACAGGGGAGAAACCAUAUAAAUGUGUGGCCUGUGGAAAGAGCUUUACUAAUAGCAGUGAACUUAUUUCCCAUAAAAGGAUCCACACAGGGGAGAAGCCAUAUAAAUGCAUGGAGUGUGGAAAGACCUUUAUUCAGAGCAGUCAACUUACUUCCCAUAAAAGGAUCCACACAGGGGAGAAGCCAUAUAAAUGCAUGGAGUGUGGAAUGAGCUUCAGUCAUAGUGGUUCCCUUACUUACCAUAACAGGAUCCACACAGGGGAGAAACCAUAUAAAUGUGUGGCCUGUGGAAAGAGCUUUACUAAUAGCAGUGAACUUAUUUCCCAUAAAAGGAUCCACACAGGGGAGAAGCCAUAUAAAUGCAUGGAGUGUGGAAAGACCUUUAUUCAGAGCAGUCAACUUACUUCCCAUAAAAGGAUCCACACAGGGGAGAAGCCAUAUAAAUGCAUGGAGUGUGGAAAGGGCUUCAGCCAACACAGUAAUCUUACUUCCCAUGAAAGGAUGCACAGAGGGGAGAAGCCGUAUAAAUGCACAGACUGUGGAAAGAGAUUCAGUCAUAGUGGUUCCCUUACUUACCAUAAAAGGAUCCACACAGGGGAGAAACCAUAUAAAUGUGUGGCCUGUGGAAAGAGCUUUACUCUUAGCAGUGAACUUACUUCCCAUAAAAGAAUCCACACAGGGGAGAAGCCAUAUAAAUGCAUGGAGUGUGGAAAGAGUUUUACCCAUAACAGUAAUCUUACUUCUCAUAAAAGGAUCCAUACAGGGGAGAAACCAUAUAAAUGCAUGGAGUGUGGAAAGGGCUUCUGUGAAAAUGGAUCACUUAUGAGACAUAAAAGGAUCCACACAGGGGAGAAGCCAUAUAAAUGUGUCGAGUGUGGAAAGACCUUUAUUCAGAGCAGUUAUCUUAUUUCCCAUAAAAGGAUCCACACAGGGGAGAAACCAUAUAAAUGCAGAGAGUGUGGAAAGUGCUUCAGUGAAAAUGCAUCCCUUAUGAGACAUAAAAGGAUCCACACAGGGGAAAAGCCAUAUAAAUGUGUGGAGUGUGGAAAGAGCUUCAGUCAUAGUGGUUCCCUUACUUCCCAUAAAAGGAUCCACACAAAAUAGAAACCAUGUAAAUGUGUGGGGCAUGGAAAGAGCUUCAGGAAGAGCAGUGACCUAAUUUCCCAUGCACAGAUCUGUUUGGAUGAGAAUCCAUCUAAAUUCUAGAUUUACUUGGUUAAAUCUAUGCGAUUCCUAUUUAUUUAUACGACUAGGAAGGUUUUUUUGAGUGUGACGCUCAGAACUGGCAGCCCGAGAUAUGAACUUGAAACAAAAACAAUGGGCAUGUGCCAUUUUAAUUAUGAACAGAUUUUUAAGAUGUUAUCAUUUUAGGUAGCCAAUGGUACUGCACAUCAAUAAGAGAAAAUCUUAAGUUUAUGUUCGUUCUAGUUUCCAGUUCAUCAUGGUUCUGGGAGGGAUGUGAAUAGGCAGACAUUUAAUAGGUGCUGCUUCCCCAGGUGGUAGAAACAAGUGCAUCUCCCUGAUGCAACUCUUCAAGACAAAGUGUUGCUUUUGCUCUAGCAGACAUGCAGUUAGAAAUUCAGCUGAUCCACAGUCACUCCUCAGAAUUUAAAUUUCCUUCUUUUGCCUAGUCUACUUACAAUUGUUUCCCCCUCCCUUUCUCAUUCCUUAAGACACUCACAGUUUAUCAGAGGAUCCUACACUUCUCUAUCCUCACAAAGUGUUGGAAAUGGUGCACCAGAGAGAUUUUGGGGUCUGAAGCAAUAUUAUAAUCCAAAGGGGACUCAAGUUUCAUCAAAGUAUACAGAGAGAGGGAAUGUGAUAUUGAACUGUCCCAUUGAAUAAUUGUGAUACUGAAUUAAAAGUGACAACUAAAAGGAUUUGUGCUUUGAAGUUUU